AAACGACAUUCAUCAUCAACUCUAUAAAAGGCAAUUGGCCGUAUCUACCGAAGACAAAACCAGCAACUCAUUUAUCUGAGAAUCAUUGAAGCAGCAAUGGCAGGAACACCCCAAAACCUAAUUCUUGAAGAUGGUUUCCCAGCAGUAAAGCUUUUUAAUCAAGGGUAUUCAUAUACUUAUGAUGAUAUUAUCUUUCUCCCCGGUUAUAUUGAUUUUGCAACUGAAUCAGUUCAGCUUAAUACCAAGUUUACCAAGAACAUUUCUUUAUCAACUCCUUGUGUUUCAUCUCCAAUGGAUACUGUUACUGAGUCAUACAUGGCAGUAGCUAUGGCUUAUCUUGGUGGGAUUGGUAUUUUACAUUCCAAUAACACACACUCUGAGCAGUUAGCUCUACUCGAGUCUGCCAAGUCGCGGCGUAUCCCUUUUGUAUCUGAUUUUGAGGUUAAAUCCCCAUCUGAUGUGAUUGAAUUGAGUGAUUUUGGGUAUGGAACUGUGAUUUUGGUUACUGAGACGGGGAGCAGGAAAUCGAGGGUUUUGGGGUAUGUGUUGAAGUCUGAUUGGGUGAAUUUGAAGAAUAAGGAUGGUAGGGUUUGUGAUUAUAUGUUGAAAUUGGAUUAUUCAGUGCCAAGUAGCUAUCAUUUGGAUCAAAUUGCUGGGUUUUUGGGAGAUAAAGGGGUUAAAUUGGUGCCAACUGUGAGAGAGAGUGAUGGGGAAGUUGUUGAUGUGAUGACAUUGGAGGAUAUAGAGAAUUUUCAGAAGUAUCCGAUGAGUGGUUUGCCGUCGUUAACUCCUAAUGGGGAUUUCUUGGUGGGAGCUGCAAUAGGGACUAGAGAAUCGGAUAAAGAGAGGUUGGAGUAUUUGGUGAAGGGUGGGGUUGAUGCAGUGGUGUUGGAUAGUUCUCAAGGGAAUUCUAUUUAUCAGCUGGAUAUGAUUAAGUAUAUAAAGAAGACAUACCCAGGAUUGGAUGUUGUUGGAGGGAAUGUGGUGACUAUGUACCAAGCUCAAAAUUUGAUCAAAGCUGGAGUUGAUGGGCUGAGAGUUGGCAUGGGAUCGGGGUCGAUUUGUACAACUCAGGAGGUUUGUGCCGUGGGCAGAGGACAGGCUACUGCUGUAUACAAAGUUUCUUCUAUUGCUUCACAAAGUGGUGUCCCUGUCAUUGCUGAUGGAGGCAUAUCAAACUUCGGACACAUUGGUAAGGCCCUGGUUCUUGGGGCUUCUACUGCGAUGAUGGGCAGCUAUCUAGCUGGUAGCACUGAGGCUCCUGGUGCUUAUGUAGUGCAGGAUGGUCGCCGUCUUAAGAAAUAUCGAGGCAUGGGUUCUUUGGAAGCAAUGACAAAAGGAAGUGAUCAACGGUAUCUCGGGGACAAGUCUAAGCUUAAAAUUGCACAAGGUGUUGUUGGAGCUGUUGCAGACAGGGGUUCUAUUCUACACUUUCUGCCAUAUGCAAUGCAAGCAGUUAAACAAGGUUUCCAGGAUCUUGGUGCCUCGUCAAUUCAGUCUGCCCAUCAUCUAUUGAGAUCAGAAGUAUUAAGACUGGAGGCUCGAACUGGUGCAGCACAAGCUGAAGGUGGAGUCCAUGGCCUGGUGUCUUAUGAGAAGAAGGCGUUUUAAAAUGCAUGCUGACAGAUGCUUACGAGAUGCAGUAUACAACUAUACAUAACUGAGCUUUGAUAUAUUGAUCAAAUUGUAUGCUUUAUCUUGCUCUUUGUUGCUACUUCUCUUAAUAGAAUGGGGUAAACUAAAUGCUCUGCUAGGUAUAUGCUAAACAAUCCUCAAUAGUUUUGAAAGUCUAUUGUUGAAUUUAAUCUCAAUAAAAUUCAGAAUUUAUGUUACUUGAA